AAAUUCGCAGACGGCUCAGGCGCCGAGUCAGGAUUUACUAGGGCGCUGUGACAGUCCUUCCUGUAAUACAGGGCAGACAGCUUCGAGCGACGCUACAUACCGAGCGUCUGCGGAAGGAAUCCUGCAUGCGUCACCGUCCAGACUCACGGUCGAAACGACACCUACCCCAAUUUGCCCCGCACGCCUCCGCCGACACUGCAGGAGGGAGUUGCCGAUGUCCAGAGCAUGCCCGGCUGUGACUUGGGUCGUGGUGGCGAUAGUGGCCGCAGAAACUCGCCACAACACAAGCGGAAAUCAAGACCUAGGGUGGCAGCGCGUUAUAAAAGCCCCCAUGUCUUCUAUAGUUCCAGCUCCGGAUCAGAUGACGAGGGAGUGGUGGACGACUGGCGGCAAGAUGAUGAAGAUUUUCAGCCGCCACAACGCAAACGUCACAGACAGUAUCCGGUCCCCAGAGUGUCCACCAGGCGGCGAGAUUGCUUGGACGGCACUGAAUCUAGGGUAGAUUUACUUUACAUCCCAAGCCCGCCGUCCUCAGAAAACAACGCAAAGAGAGAAAGUACUGGAGGCACACCUACCGCGGUGUUCGAGGAGUGGCCUCUCGUUGAUGCUGUUCUCAAAAGAAUCACGGAGGACGGCCGGACGAUUUUUCAACUGCAAUUCACCGAGGCCACCUGUGCCACUCAUGGACGACAGUACCAUGCAAUUGGAAGCCCAGAGCCCCGGUCAUCUAUCGCUGCGGCUCCUUUAGCGAAACGGGGAACAAGAAGGCGCGCCCAGCGCGAAACAGGUCAUGCUACACAAGAUGAUCAGGAAGAGUGCCAUAUCGAAGCGAUUCGACACCACAGAUUUACCGAGCCUAACAACGGGGUUCUCCAGCUGCAUGUUGAAUGGAAGAACUCCCAGAAGAAGACUUGGGAACCAGUGGAAGAGUUCGAAGAGACGAUAGCACACGACAUAUAUCUGGCUCACAACGACAUCUCCAAACCCUCCAGCAGGCCCAAACGUGGUCGACCUAGGAAAGCCCUGGCCUCCGGUGCUGCUGCUAUGCGCAAUGUAUGAAUCCAUUGUCAAGAGGCAUCGAGGGAGCUGUCGAUGAAACUAUAUCGAUUGAAUCAAG